AGUAUCUUUUAUUUGGUUGGAUUUAGAAUAGGCCUAAUAGCCUAAAUUUUUAAUCUGUUGUUCAGUUCAUCAGUGUCAGUGAUUCUUUUUCAUUGAAACAGAUCCCUAACAUUUUGUGCUGUGAACUAUAUUGUUCAUUUGACCACAAUAUUGAGAGCUAUUGCUUGCUAGCCAAUUCACUAAGUUAGGCUGCUCAAAAUCUCAUAAUGGGAAGUUGUAAAAUAAUUUUAGGCCUUGUAUUCAGUGGAAUAGGAGUGUGUGUCAGUUUCUCAACAUUCUACUUUUUCUUGGCAGCAAACUAUCAUGCCGCCGUGUGGGCAUUGAUAUCAGGCAUACUAGCUGCUAUCGAUUUCCACCUGCUGUUCUUGCAUUUCCGAAGAAGUUUGAGCUCAUGGCAUUCCACUUCAACCAUGAAAGAUUUUGAAAUCCUGGCUGUGCUUAGUUUAUUGGCUGGAUUGGGUGCUGGAGCAUGGUACCUUUUUCUCUUUUUCUACUACCAACUUCCUGUCUUGCCGAUCUCUGACAGUUAUCCCAUAGCGUCAGUGUGGGCAUUCAUGACGGCCAAGUGGGGGCUCGGCUUGUUCAUCACUGUGCGCCACUUACUUCACGAGCUACAGACCAGCUACCCCUCUUUGCUGUCUUCACCCUCUUACAUCCGGAACCGACCUUACUACCACAGACUUGGUAUGUAAAAACAUUCAUGAAUUGUAAAAGACUUCUAGUCCCAUCGAGCAUAAUGAGACUGCAUUAGUUUAUUUAAAUGUAUAUUUAUUUCGCUCCACUGUCACUCCUACUUUCCAUGGCGUACUAUGCUAGCUUGAAAAAGUUGGCACAUAAAUAUUUAUUUUUACAUAUUUUAUAGGAUGUAUUUUUGUAAGUCAACAAACCUAUCCUCUCUUUAAGUCUUUCCAUGCACAGGUGUAAUUGUUAGUGUAGCCUACACCAGGAUCUAAUUUCUCUAAACAACCUGUUGAUGAGAAAUGGUUGCUCUGUAAUAUUAACCAGGGUGUGCAGUGCAGCCAACCAAUAGCAUAAUGUACCAAAAACAAUAUACUGUAUGGCUGGUAAUACUGCAUAUAUACAGUUUUAUUGCAUUUAUGGCUGAUCCGAACAAUUUAGUAACUGAACAGGGUUCGGUCCCUAGUGGGACUUUGAUGUACUAUUAGACUUAAACUUGUAAAAUUCAUGCUAGAAAUAAUUCUUUUACAACCAUCACACACCUAGCACCCAUACAGUUGUUCCAAAUUUGUUGUAUUGACAUACUUAUUUUGAUAACAAUAUAAAAGACCACACAGGCUUAAUACUUAGGUACUCAUUUUCUCACUUUUAUAGCAGUUGCGUACAUGUGUAUUCCACAUAGCUUAACGAUGUAGGCCUACUGAUGUGAAAUAUUGAAUAAACCAACCUUCUGGAAUGAUUUUUGUAGUAUUGUUUCAAAAUUUUAAACCAAUUGGUGAUAAAAGUGAGGAUUUUUUAACUUUGUCGAUAAGCUUCAUAUUUUCAACUUUUGCAUGGUGAAGUCUACAUGACUGUCAUGGAUAGAGAUACCAGUGUGGCAAUGUCGAUUUAAAUUAGGUUAGGUUAUUUUGUAUUUUUGGAGUGCUAUCUAGCUUGGCAGUGGUGCUAGAAGUCUCAUUCUGACUAAUCUAAAUUUGUAGUUACCCGCAAUAUUAUUCUGUUAUUGUAACUAAUAAAAUAAGAUAUAAAGCUGAUUCUGUGAUAUUCCCAUUUAACCCCAGAGUUAGCUUGCUUUUGUUUAUAAAUGUGUUUGGCUGUAUUGUAUCAGCAAUUUUACUUUAUGCAAUAAGUUUUAACUGUGAAAGAAAAGAGCUAAAGCUUGGAGUUGUUCUUCCUCCUUUUAAAGUUUAUUUUGAAUGUUAGAUAACUGUGUCAUAUUCACUUAAAAUGCCCUGGACAGUUAUUGCUUUGGGCUAUGACAGUAAAUUGUAUAAUCCUCCGUAUACUGUUGCAUUUUUUCUUUCAUUUCCAAACUUUAUCUUGAUAUAGGCAUAUCUUCAGAGUAGAUACACAAUUUGAAGUCAAAUUGAAUUUUAUCCGUUAUUACAAAUCUCCUUACGUUAGCUCUCUUCAUAAUUAUUUUGUGAUUCUUUUAGAACAUGUAUGUGAAUUAAUAGGCUUUAUGUAAUAUAUUCAUGGUGCUGAAUUCAAAGUGAUAGAGACUGGUUUUCUCAGUAUGUGUGAUACAUUCCUUCAACAUUUAACCAUAACUUUUUUAAUUUUAGUUGAAAUUAUGAACAAAUUAAAUAGCUUUAUUUUUUAAGAGCAGUAUUUGAAAAUAUGUUAGCUUUCACAGUUCCCAAAUUUUGUUUGUUUAAACUAGAGAAAUAUUGGAGUAACAUUGAUUGCAUUUUGUACUUUAUAGUGCCUUGUGUUGUAAUAAAACAUUUUUGUACUGAAAGGAAA